UGGAAGAGGAGUUGGCUCCCUGCUCAGGAAAAAACAGGAGACGGGGCGAGGACUCGACAGUGUGUCAGCAAGCCUGAGAGCCGGGGGCCUCAUCUACCUUCAUCAGACACCAGAGGUUUUCUUCCACGACAACAUGCUGCGGUUCCUGAUGCUGAUAAGCACUCUCUGGGUGGGGGAGCACACCACGGCCGGACAGAGAGAUGGAGAAAUUAUCAAUCAGAUCAAAGGGACCAACCUUGCCCUGGCUGAGAUCAAAGAACUGCUGAAACAACAGAUAAAGGAGAUUAUUUUUCUCAAGAACACUGUGAUGGAGUGUGAAGCCUGCGCGAUGGGAGGGGUGCAGCCUCGGCCCUCCUGUGUGCCGAACCCCUGCCACCCUGGUGUGAAGUGCACCGAGACAGCCGAGGGCAUUACGUGUGGGCCCUGCCCCGACGGCAUGAUGGGUAAUGGAACCCACUGCACCGAUGUAGAUGAGUGUACUGUGAUGCCCUGUCACAUGGGAGUCCGCUGCAUCAACACUUCUCCUGGCUUCCGCUGUGGCCCCUGUCCCGCCGGCUACACUGGCCCCCAGGUCCAGGGUGUGGGCCUUGCCUAUGCCAAAGCAAACAAACAGGUGUGCAAGGACAUUGAUGAGUGUGAGGGGCCAAAGAAUGGAGGCUGUGUGGAGAAUUCUGUGUGUCUGAACACUCCUGGCUCUUUCAGGUGUGGCCCCUGUAAGAUGGGUUACGUUGGCGACCAGCGGCGUGGCUGUAAACCUGAGAGGGCCUGUGGAAACGGUCAACCCAACCCCUGCCAUGCCAGUGCUGAGUGUAUAGUCCACCGUGAGGGGAUAAUAGAAUGUCAGUGUGGAGUUGGAUGGGCUGGAAACGGCUACUUAUGCGGGCCUGAUAUAGACAUCGAUGGAUUCCCUGAUGAGAAACUGGAAUGUCCGGAGAGGAACUGUGCCAAGGAUAACUGUCUCACUGUGCCAAACUCUGGUCAAGAAGAUGCAGACAAUGAUGGGAUAGGAGACGCUUGCGAUGAGGACGCAGAUGGCGAUGGAAUCCUAAACACACAGGACAACUGUGUGCUUGUACCCAAUGUGGACCAAAGGAACACUGAUGAAGAUGACUUUGGUGACGCCUGCGAUAAUUGCCGAGCUGUCAAAAACAAUGACCAGAAAGACACAGACGUGGACAGACUUGGCGAUGAGUGUGAUGAAGACAUUGACGGCGAUGGAAUCCUCAAUCACUUGGAUAACUGCAAAAGGGUGCCCAAUGCUGACCAGAUAGAUCGCGAUGGGGACAAAGUUGGAGAUGCCUGUGACAGCUGUCCUUAUGUGCCCAACCCUGACCAGCUGGAUAUGGACAAUGACCUGAUUGGAGACCCCUGUGACACCAACAAGGACAGUGAUGGAGACGGCCAUCAGGACUCUCGGGACAACUGUCCGGCAGUCAUCAACAGCUCCCAGCUUGACACGGACAAAGACGGCAAGGGAGAUGAGUGUGACGAUGAUGAUGAUGAUGACGGUAUCCCAGAUCUGCUGCCCCCUGGUCCCGAUAACUGCCGUCUGAUCCCCAAUCCUUUGCAGGAGGACUCUGAUGGUGAUGGUGUGGGGAAUGUAUGUGAGAAGGACUUUGACAACGACACCGUUAUAGACACCAUUGAUGUGUGUCCAGAAAACGCCGAGGUCACCCUCACCGAUUUCAGGGAAUACCAGACUGUUGUUUUAGACCCUGAGGGAGAUGCACAGAUCGACCCCAACUGGGUGGUGUUGAACCAGGGCAGAGAGAUCGUCCAAACCAUGAACAGUGACCCUGGGCUUGCUGUUGGUUACACUGCUUUCAGCGGCGUGGAUUUUGAAGGGACGUUUCAUGUGAACACGGUAACAGACGACGACUAUGCAGGUUUUAUCUUUGGGUACCAGGACAGCUCCAGUUUCUAUGUGGUGAUGUGGAAACAGGUUGAACAGAUCUACUGGCAGGCCAACCCCUUUCGAGCAGUGGCAGAACCAGGCAUUCAGCUGAAGGCCGUCAAGUCCAACACAGGACCAGGGGAGAACCUGCGUAACUCUCUGUGGCACACCGGCGACACCAGCGACCAGGUGAAGCUUCUGUGGAAGGACGCUCGAAAUGUCGGCUGGAAGGACAAGACCUCGUACCGCUGGUUCCUUCAGCACCGGCCUGCAGAUGGAUACAUCAGGGUCCGUUUCUAUGAGGGUCCCCAGAUGGUGGCGGACACGGGCACCAUCAUUGACACGACAAUGAGAGGCGGCCGACUGGGCGUCUUCUGCUUCUCACAAGAGAACAUCAUUUGGGCCAACUUACGCUACCGCUGCAAUGACACUCUUCCUGAGGAUUUUGAUACAUACAGAGCCCAGCGGGUCCAGCUGGUGGCCUGAUGGAGCAACUGCAGAGAUCGAGCCCCGACUUCUGGGGCAGAAGUCCAACACACAACUAGAUCUCUGAAAGUUCAACUAUACACAGCCUCUUCUUGAAAGAAGCCCCCCCCCCCCAUCAUCGAUAACAUUACUUCAAAUUGUCAAACGUAGGUGUCUCCAUGAAAUCUGACAAGAAACUUUACAAAUGACAUUCUGCAGGUGAGCGGUUGCGCCCCCACUUGGGCUGUAAAUGUUCAUCUUGUUUGAUUUCAUCACCUGUUUGGGGGGUUGUUGCCACAAAGCCAAUUAGAUUGACAGCUGUGUAUUUACUGUAAUUUUAAAUUUAUGCUUUCUGAGUUAAGAAAUAAAGACCUUGUUGU